AUGACGGUGCAGCUAUCAGAAAGAGACGUGAUAGGUUCAUUGGCUAGAAAGAAUGCACAAGGCGUAGCAUUAUCGGCCCAGAUAUGGGGAUAUCACGUUGUGAUGGGAACAGUAGGCAUGGAGAUUUUGUGGUGGAUGACAGGACCGAUAGAGGCUAUAGUUGUUUCUGUUGGUGGUGGUGGACUUAUCGCUGUCGUUGCUGCCUAUGUUGGUUGGGUACUUCCACAAGUGAAAAUUAUUGGAUGCCAAUGCAACAACGUUAUCUUGCAUCUUGACCAAAGAGCAGAGUUGGAUCAAGCCGGAGGUUUCGCUGGUGGAGGAGCAGUCAUGGAAAUUGAUGAUGAGCUUCUGGAAUCUAUUGUUACCAUUGCAGUUGGCGCACUCUGUGAGGUGGUCAGGAGGAGAAAGGGACAAGCACAUGCUGCUGCACACUUUCUUUAUGGAUUGGAUCUUAAUCGGCAAAAUUCAGAAUUUCAAGCUCCUAUAUCUGGCCCCCUUUUCCAUAGUCAUCAAGAUUAUGCGAGGGUCAAUUUUCACAACUCGUUUAAUGAUUUUGUUUCCGUUGGAGCUAACUUGGAGUACAAUGGUUUGAAGGGAGAGCUUGCUUACAGGGUUCAUGAUCCUGGUAUGGCUAUGGCUACAAUGGAAAAUGUUGAGCAACAAUGGAGAACUCUUGCAAAUUCUCUUAUUGUUGGGAAAAAUGAUUCAGAAAACCAGAUGGUAACGGCUUCAAUAUUUUUUCCUCCGGAUGACAAAAUGAAGGCUCCUCUUGUGGACUUUCUUGGCAGAAUUUCAGAGUUUGGUGUCUUAGCCGAGGGACUUAUGAACAAUCGAUCUAAGAAUUGUCCAAGGAUUUCUCCAGUUGAUCUAUUCGUCAUGGCUUCUUCAUCAACGCUCUUUGUUGUUUCUUGGUUUCCACCUUGA